AUGAAAUACAUUCUCCAUUUGACCUUUGUGUGUCUGAGUCUCUUGAUUCCAAGGAUGUGCAUCCAGGGGAAUCAGUUCAACAUUGAGGUCAGCAGAAGUGACAAGCUCUCCCUGCCUGGCUUUGAGAAUCUCACAGCAGGAUAUAAUAAAUUUCUCAGGCCCAAUUUUGGUGGAGAACCAGUUCAGAUAGCACUGACUCUGGACAUUGCAAGUAUUUCUAGUAUUUCAGAGAGUAACAUGGACUAUACAGCCACCAUAUACCUCAGACAGCGCUGGACGGACCAGCGGCUGGUAUUUGAAGGCAACAAGAGCUUCACUCUGGAUGCGCGCCUUGUGGAGUUCCUCUGGGUGCCGGACACUUACAUUGUGGAGUCCAAGAAGUCCUUCCUCCAUGAAGUCACUGUGGGCAACAGGCUCAUCCGCCUCUUCUCCAAUGGCACAGUCCUGUAUGCUCUCAGAAUCACAACGACUGUUGCAUGUAACAUGGACCUGUCUAAAUACCCCAUGGACACACAGACAUGCAAGUUGCAACUGGAAAGCUGGGGUUACGAUGGGAACGAUGUGGAGUUCAGCUGGCUGAGAGGGAACGACUCGGUGCGUGGCCUGGAAAACCUGCGUCUUGCUCAGUACACCAUACAACGGUAUUUCACCUUAGUCACCAGAUCACAGCAGGAAACAGGAAAUUAUACACGACUGGUCUUGCAAUUUGAGCUUCGGAGGAAUGUCCUGUAUUUUAUUUUGGAAACCUAUGUUCCUUCCACUUUCCUGGUGGUGUUAUCCUGGGUUUCAUUUUGGAUUUCCCUUGAUUCAGUUCCUGCAAGAACCUGUAUCGGAGUGACCACCGUACUGUCAAUGACAACACUGAUGAUCGGGUCCCGCACUUCUCUUCCUAACACCAACUGUUUCAUAAAGGCCAUCGAUGUGUACCUGGGAAUCUGCUUUAGCUUCGUGUUUGGGGCCCUAUUGGAAUACGCAGUUGCCCACUACAGCUCUUUACAGCAGAUGGCAGCCAAAGACAGGGGGACGGCGAAGGAAGUGGAAGAAGUCAAUAUUACUAACAUUAUCAACAGCUCCAUCUCCAGCUUUAAACGGAAGAUCAGCUUUGCCAGCAUUGAAAUUUCCGGUGAUAAUGUUGACUAUAGUGACCUGACCAUGAAAACCAGUGACAAGUUCAAGUUUGUCUUCCGAGAUAAGAUGGGUAGGAUUGUUGAUUAUUUCACAAUUCAAAACCCCAGUAAUGUUGAUCGCUAUUCCAAAUUACUAUUUCCUUUGAUUUUUAUGCUAGCCAAUGUAUUUUACUGGGCAUACUACAUGUAUUUUUGA